AUGAAAAGCCUGUUUAACAAGGUGGAGAUAAGCUCGUCGUGCUGCUUAGGAAAGAAGGACAAAAGGGAUAUCAACAAGCAGCUGGGGUAUGAGGUACUGGAGAAGAACGAAACAUAUAUGGUGCAUAGGUGCAAGAAUAAGGCAUCUCUGAUAUCUCUGGGAGGAUCGGCAAUUCUAUUCUGCUUGAAUAGAAAGUACUUUCCAACUAUAAGAUACCUCGAGGGACACGGCGGAGGAUUCUAUGAGGUGUUUCUAGACGAAGGAGCACUUGAGCCCCUGUGCAGAGGAGCCGAUGUUAUGAUUCCAGGUGUGCUGAAGUACAAGGACCUUAUAAAGAAGGGGUUUGAAGCGGGAGAUACGAUUGUUGUGCGGAUCAUCGGAAAGUCGAUUGUUGCGGUUGGUGAGGCGAUUGUGGGUUUGAAAGACAUGGAGGCCAGCAGCAGAGGAGUGGGGAUUGAGGUGUACCACAGAGUCGGAGACGGACUAUAUACGGAAAGGCAGCUUUGA